AACUCAGAAAUCUGCCUGCCUCUGUCUCCCGAGUGCUGGGAUUAAAGGCGUGCACCACCACGAUUUUUCUCGAAAGAGCUUUGAAGGAGCACAUGGCUUAACAGUUGCUUUAAAAUGUUCCUAUGGGGCUGAAGAGAUGACUCAGCAAUUAGGAGUACUUCUUGCUUUUCUGAGGAGUCCUGGGUUCUCUCCCCAGACUCACAUGGUGACCACUUGUAACUCCUAUUCUAGGGAUCUGACUCAUUCUCCUGACCUCCUGGAGGCACCUGGAACAAAUGUGAUACAUAUAUAAGUACAUGCAGGUAAAUCAUUUAUAUCCAUAAGACAAAAAUUUUAAAAUGUUGCCCUGUCUAAGUUACAGAGAGCCUUUUAAAGUGUGAUCUACAUGAAAUAUUUUGCUUUCCAUUAGAAACACUUGAAGAAAUCAAAUGCAAAGUGUAUUUUAUUUCCUCAGAUGAUGGGAAGAGAUGAGAACUGUACCCAAGCUGUGCAAGUUCAGAUAGUUUCUUUUUCUGUUCUACCUAGGUUUGGAAGCUUAUUUAUUGCCUCUGCACAAUCUAAUCUUCCAAGCUGACUGAUUCUAUCUGGCUGCUUUCUACUUCUGACAGAAUUGCUCUGCCUGACUAUGUACUAAAUUUGGCAGUAUGUUCUAAUCUUCUGGCUCCUUGUUCUCUGGCUUGCCCUGUCUUCACCUGUGUCUAGCUUGUUCACUUUGCAACCUGUGUUUGUAAAACUAUCUGGCUAAAACUCGCGCACACACACACACACACACACACACACACACACACACACACACACCCCUCUUCCUGAGAUGCUCUUCAGUAGCUUCUUCUUCCUUUGCUAUUCUUGUGAGAGUUAGUGUAUUCUAUCUCUAAGUCAUUCUGUCAAAUCUUUCUCUAGUUAGACACUUUGUCUGCCCCUCAAUUAGACAUUACUUUCCAACAUGGCUUCUUCUACAAACUAACCUUAGCUUUUCAUUGUUAGGGGUUAAAGGUAUACACAAAGACAAUGUCUGUAUUCCAGCUAGAUCAUACUGUCUGCAUUCUGGUCGGAUAGACCUAGAAGGUCUUUGGAUGUGAUCCCUUGCCAGAGCAGCAACAUUGCUGGAUUAAAAUUCUUCUAAAGCAAAGUAGAACACAUAUAAACAAUGAUCCACUCUUGUGUGGGUCUUCUUUCUCUAACCUGGCUCUCAGGCACACACCUUCUUUGUCUUCUCCCUCUGCCUUCCACAAUAUUUGAUUCCACUCUUCACUUAUUUUUCUAACACAGACCUGUAAACAGACACUACAUUACUUAAAAAGGCAUAUUUACUUAUGAAUGUUUCUAUUGCCAUCAUGAUAGUCUUGUGAUGGAAAGAGCAGAGGAAUAGGAAAAUUAGAGUGUUCCUGUGAAAGAAUCAGAUUGUGCUAAAUGUGGAUGUGAGUGGUGACCCAGAUGAGAAGGAAAAUUCUACACAGGAGAAUGGUUGAGCAGAAUUAUAGAAGAGCAUGACUGCCCUGACCCAACAGUACUGAGUGAGGUAAGAGGAGCUGUCAAUCACCACUUUCAUCCUAUAGAACUUUUAGGAUUAAAUGAGAAAAGUAAUACUACUUAUUUUAGUGUCCGGAACCUGGUAAGCAUUUAUGUUUCAACAACCUGUGCUCUACAGAAAGCUCAUCUUUUACACAGUCUGCAUUAUCCUGCUUUCUGAAAUAUACUCUUAAGACCCUAAAAGUACUAAAAGUUUGUCAUUCUUUAGUAAGGGCCAUUUUUCACAUUGGACCAGUUCCAUUAUACACUACCUUAAUAAAACAUUAAGUUUCAUUGACUGAGAGGACAGGAACUAGCUUAGCUACAUUUGGUUCAAGCACAGAUGCAGUCUACAAGGUAAACUUGUACAUGGCAGUCCACACAAGUCAUGUGUCAUAUAAAUUGGAUCUUGGAGUGAUAACAUUAGUAUACAGGUAUUCUGAAAGUCCUGAGAACAUCACUCUGCCUUGGGGCUCUUGGGUUGCCUCACAUUGUGCUGGGAAUCAAUUCUGUGACCCAGCCAUUACUCCCAGAGUCCGGUCACUGGGAGGAGUUCCUAGGCAAAAGUAUUAUAAACCCAAGAGAAAAGGAUCCUGCUGACGUGUGUACUCUUCACAGAGCCUAUAGCUGGCACAACAUUUUCUGAUGAAAUGGUGAGGUGCAUGCGUUUACAGCCAUCAUGGAUGAUGAUGAAUGAAGGAGAUGCAAAUAUCACUUCCAAAAGAACUCUAAGAGGCUUCAACUAAAAUACUACCAAUAAAACAUAAAAUACUUCUACCACAUGAGAGGGAAGAAGAAUAUAAUGAAAAGGUUAAUUCACACAGUAAGAUUUUAUUUACUCCUUUUUUCUGAAAUAUGAAAUAUAUGAAGUACAACUAAGUAGGUAAUAUGCACAAAAAAGGGGAAAAGUUCACCUGUGAGUAGAAUACUGUAUAUACAAGGGUCAGCAAGAUGGCUCAGAGAGGGGACGUGUUUCCUGUCCAGGCAGACAGCCUGAGUUCCCUCCCUAGGAUCCUCAUCAGAGAAGGAGAGGACUGACUUUCACAGAUUGUCCUCUGAUCUAAUUAUACACUGAAUAGAUAAAUACAUAAAAUAAAAUCAAAAUUAUAACAAUUUUGUAAAAAGCCAAACAAAAGCGAGAAGAAGCCUUAUGGCCAGAGACUGCACAGGUGUGUGUGUGUGUGUGUGUGUGUGUGUGUGUGUGUGUGUGUGUGUGUGUGUGGUGAGAACUUUGGGUCUUCAUCGUGAUUCAAUGCAGUGUUCUACUUAGCUAAUAAUAGUGAUUCAGAGAUAAAGAGACACUGACUGGAAUGCACAGAAGAUAUUCUUUGAGAAGUGACUAAUACCACUCCUCAGAAUUCCAUCCAAUCCGUGAAAGAAAAUUCAGUUGGGGUUAAUAUUAAAUAUUUGCAGUUUUCUUCAUACAAAACUACAUCUCCAUCAGAUUUUAACACGUAGUGGGCAAAGGGUGUGCACGUGGUUCUGGUGACCUGGGGUGAAGCAGAUCUGAGGCGCUUGCUGUCCCUGUCCCACUCCUCUGUUGGCCUAAUCUGACAGUUAGUUGGCUGUCUGUGCGGGUAAACUGUGCUCAUUUUCAGUCUUGUUGAAGAAACAGGACAGAAGCAGAAGGGGACUUUUGGUAGUAGUGCUAACAUUGGUACUAGCAGCUUUGUCAAUUGAUAUUUGAUGAACCGAGUUCUCCCUACCAUCUCUUCCAGCCACCAGGGUGCCAUUUUGAGCAUCAGAGUGCUAAAUAGAUGGUUCUCUGCUGGGUUGAAAGAGUCUCCGAAAAUCCCUCAGAAUUCAGUUAUUGCCAGAGAGUGAGGGAAGCUGUGGAUGGGUGUAAAGCAGCCAGUGUCUCCAGAGUGUCUGAAUUCACCAGGAGUGCUGAAGUGACCACAUACCCUGUGUUAGGACAAAAUGGCUGCCACCUGUCAGGGAAGGGUGACCCCAGGGGAGUCAGUGGCCAUUCUUUGUCAAAGGAGGGAAGGUGAACUGCUCCCAAGUAUCAGGAAAGUGGGAGGAGUCAGAGGUCUUAAUUUUGCCUGAUUCUAAUUAUUAAUUUAAUUAGAAUCUGUGGUCUGAUUCUUUCCCAACAUUUUAAGUACUUUUAUAUGUGAAAAUAAAACCUAGAUAUUUGCUUAUAAAAAUGCUUGGAAGUAAACAAAAAAUGGAGGCUGAGGAGAUUUGAAUAUGUGCUGUUGUAUUCCUAGUUAUAGGAAUAUGUCAGAAUAUUAGAAUGUUCUAAUGUCCUAGGCACAGGAUGUUGGACAUAGGGAAGAAAUACAAGAUGCCAAAUAAAACACACUCUGCCAAAAGCCACCAUGCACACCUCUCCAUUCCACCUGCGUUUCUUCUACACAAAUUUCCUCACAACCAUCCCAAGCUGGUUACAUCUAUUAACUACUAUGAGCUUAACUAAAUACCCAGAGGUGUCUGAGGACUGUCGAUACAUCACAGUGUACACUUAAGACUGAUGCUUAUAGAAACACUAGGGAGUCCGCUGACAAGGGCGGCAGGAUACAUGAAUUAGAACUGUGAGCACUGCGUUUCAAAUCUGUGAACAAAGUCAUCUGUCAUUUACUCUCUGCUGAGGUCGUUGCGAUUCCAUAGACCCUCAAGAUGAGCCUGUGAAUAGAAGGGUACUCCACAGUACUCAAGUCUCUGUAUCCUCUUUGAUUUUUGCCUGCUGGCUAAUUAUAUAAUAGUGUACUUGUGCUUGAAGGCUAACAGAGUAGGAGCUAAAUAAUGGCACCUCUACUACUUCAGCCCUGUACAGAGUUAACGGGUUGAGAAAAAAGUUAUCUCCACAGAGCACUGUUGUUCUAAGCUCUGGUCUUAGAAAGCCAGGUUUUAGAUGCAUGAUCUGGCCUCUCCCAGUGUUUCCUAUCAUUCUGCUUUUUGAGAUUGAAGGACUAAAACAGAAUUCUGGUCACAGACAUGCUUAGUAAAGGGAUCAGACCCCAACUUUAUCAUAGCCAUUUUCCUACCAACAUCUCUCCAACUUUGCAUACCCUGCCACAUCCAUGAAGUUAGAAUAAACACAAAUUACUUGUUUUAAAUCAUGUGCUGAAAAUUUAGUCUACUGGCUUGGUGUUUUAGCAGAGAGUGUGUAUUUUCUUUUAAGUUUUAUUGACUUUGUGUUUAGGUAUCACUGUGAUAAAAUUAUAUUUACUUGUAGAUACAGAAUUUUAAAAUACCUUUGAGGUUUUGCCAAAACUUUAUUCCAUUCGUGCUGGUGUCCAGUGCGAAACUGGGCUAACAGAGUUGUGAGCAGUGGUGCACCAUUGAACCAUUGCACCAUUGCAUGCUGGGUUUCUGUUAUGGAACCAGCUGGGGCGUGUGUGGUGUACUUUCUACCUUGUUCUAGAUGGUAGCCAAACAGAACAGAAUUCUGGUCCUGGUAAAAGAUAUUUUAGGUCUAGAGAGGUAGCUCAGUGGGUAACAGUGCUCACAAGCAUGAGGACCAGAGUUGACAUAAAACCCACACG